ACGUACCGGAUGAACUUGACAGAAUGAACGGGAAACGAUUGUGAUUUCCCCUUCCCGUAUCUAAAAUAAUCCAGCAGCCCUCUAAAUUAAGAUUUUCUUUUUUCUUUUGUCGCAAUACAUUUAUCUCUUGACAAUACGGUACUAAAAUUGACCGUAAGUAAUGUGAACAGUAGGCUAUACUAUAUUAACUGUAUGCACCGUUAACUCGCAAACAUGUCGGAACCGAGAAUCAAGAGAAUCAAAAUCAAUCUGCCACUCUGUAAAACGCAUAUAUUUGUUGUCGGGAGUCAGGCGAAGCAAAACCUUCCGUCUGUUGUGGAAGAAAGUCUGUGUGGUGUUUCCACCUUACUUCUGGAGGUCUCAUACAAACUGGAGGCGCUGGCCAAACGUUUUGAGCAUAAUGACUUGGCUUUACCCAGAAUGGCAGCAUUUUUUCAUCAGGAAUCUGUAAAAGAACAAGAACGGGCAGAGGCAAUGCUGCAGUACCUGUCCCAGCGUGGCGGAAUGUUCUGCAGUAAGAACAUUCAGAGGCCAGGCACUGAACAGGUGUGUGCUGUUCUUCCUGCUCUGGAGAUCAUGCUGAACCAGUGGAAGGAAGAGCUGUCCAUUAUGGUGGAGCUGAGUCAACUGGCACUUGAGUAUGGAGAUCCACAUACUGCCAGCAUUAUCAAAAGUCAGUUUCUUCAGCCCCUCGUCCCAAAGGUCAAGCUCGUAGGUGACCUUUUGACCAACGCUCGCCGAGUGGGUUGCACCUAUGACAGUGCAGGGGGCUUCGGCGAGUACCUUAUUGACCAGCUACAAGAAAACCUGACAAUUGCCUAGACUUCCUCUUUGUAUUCUACCUGCAUUACGUUUAAAGAAAAGCCAAUGAUCAUUACUAGAACAAGAGUUCCUUGUAGAUGUACUGUAGAGCUGUUCAGUUUGUAGUCCAAAAACCUGGACGGGUUCCCACAGGAUUUUCAUAUGGGGUUUUUAUAAUGGGUUAUUGUUGUUUUUUACUUAUGUGUAAAAUAAGGUAUGUGGUUAACAUUACUUUUGAUACGUAGACAUUUUGUUCUUCAACAUAAAUUACACACAGUGUUGGAAAUUUCCAAGACAGCCCAUGUCAUUUUUAGACUUCCGGGUUUGUCUACAAAUUGACGUUACGGCAGAAUAGCUGUAUUGCAAGGUGCAAUUUAUGUAUAAACAAGAGGUCACUCCAUUUGUUGCAAAUGUUAUUUUAAUGCUUUUAUAAAAUUAUAAGCUUCACAUUUCUGCCUUUAUACACUCCAAAAAUGUGCCCCAUUCACUUCCAUUGUAAGUACCACAGUCAAAAUGAUUUGUUGUGGUAAUCAAUAUUAUGCCACAAAUGCUGUUGAAUGAGCUUAGCUUGUAUUGAACCCGGAAUAUUCCUUUAAAUGUCUUUUUUUUUGCUUGUCAUUUAUCAUUGUUUUAAAACAUGAAUGGCUUAAAACUGCAGUGGCUUAUGUAUCAUAUAUGAGUUGUUUGAUGUACAUAACCUUUUCAUUCUAAACAAAAUGCAGCAUUUUUAAUAUAUCAAAUAUGAUAUUAUAAGUAUUACUGUGUGUGUCUGAUUUAAAAGUAGCCUAUUAUUUCAAAUUAAAAUACUGUAUUUCAGUUUUUUAGCAAAUAAUUUACUUUCACUGAUAUAUACUCUCUCUCUCUCUCUCUCUCUCUCACUCUCUCUCUCCCUCUCUCACUCUGUCUAUAUACAUAUAUAGCAGUAUUUUGAACCCUUUGAUCAUUGAAUAUUUUCCAGAACUGCCUAUAUUUUGUAAGUUUUGGUAUAUUGUUUUAUGUUCAGUGCAAAAGUACAGGAAUAAAUAAAGUUU